AGAGGCUUUUAUAAACAUAUAUGGCAUGCAAAAUGUUUGAAGAAUGUUCAUUAUCUGAAGGUUCAUCUUUCAAUAUAAAUGACAAAGUUUAUGAUGAUUCAAAUCCGAAAGUGCACUUUUCAAAUGAUGAUUUUAGUACUGAUAUUGAUUUUAAUGUCGAGUCGAGAUCACUAAAAACUCAAUAUAUAAAACUUGAAAAUCAAACCUCUGAUGUUGUUUGCCAUGAAACACCAACUUUUUCUGUAGAAAGUCGACAUGAACAGACAAAUGCUAUUGAACUCAAUGAAAUGGUAUCAACUUUGAAAGAAAGAAGUUCAACACCUAAAAACCUUUCUUGUAAUGUUGCCUUUUUUGAAUGUUCAACUACAGAUAAAGAAAAGGCUGUUUUUUCUGGUGCAAAUUGUUUACCGUCACUUGUUUACGUGUAUAGUGUAAGAUAGAAGUAGUUUUGUCGUUUAUAUUGAAUUAUAUUGGUAUGUCUAAUAUAGAUAUAUUUCAGCUUUAACUUAAGUUUAUUCGCUGACAGUAAAAUUGUUAUUUUGCUUGCGCAGAAAUUCAAAAUCUGAAAACCCGAUAUGUGAGUUUUUAAUAAGUCAUGUAUACUUAUUGAUUUUGAAAUGCUAUUUUGUAUAUAGUCAUUUAUGUAUGAUAUGUAUGUAUGAUGGUAUGUAUGAUGGUUUUUUUUUUUUCUAGAAAAAAUAUUGUUUUCAGAUAAUAAUAAUAAUGCUCAACUCGAAUGAUGUUUAAUUUCUGGCUGCUAUAAGAGACUCGUUAAUUUGCCUUGCAAUAAAAGAUCAAACUUAGCAGCAACAGUUCGUGUGUUUCGACCCAAAACCCAUCUUAUAUAGUAAUACCGAGAAAUAGGUUUUUAGCACCUUUUUUUUUAUAGAAAAUAGAUAAUAUAUUUAUAUAUGUAAAUAUGUAACUAAUGUAAAUUUAAAAUUGUAAAUGCAAAAAACAA